UCUGGUCCCAACACUCCAACGAAAAGCUGAAACAGACACUGAUUCAUGAAUGAUUCAUGGUGUGGGCGGGAGCUUCUGUUGCUGCGAGCUGCUCUGUGGGCAGGACGCUGAAAAUGUGACAGGCCGCUUAACGUAUGGUGCAGAGGCAGGGCUAAACACAACCAGCCAAUGAUGGAGAGAAGUCUGCGCUGUUCAGCUGAGACAUGAAGAACUGCAAGGAGUGGCGGAGUGAAGGAGGGAGGGAAGGAGUGAGCUGGUGCAUGCGCGACGGCUGAAAGUGCGUGAGAGUGCUAAAGGAGGAAAACAGGGUGAGGAGUGAACGCAGAGGAGGGAGAGAGUGGCAGACGGAGCGAUAGGUGGAGCACCAAAAAAAAAAGAGGAGAGUGCAUCUGUUGACUACUUACAUCCUCUAAAGACUGAACCAGACAGACAGACAGACAGACAGACAGAAAUCAUGGCCAACAUCAGCACCACUAUACACCCCAGUAAUGUCCCGUGGCACUCAGAGGCAGCAGCCCCUCUCUCCCACGUCUCCUUGCAGGUCCAGGAGGUCUACCCCUUCCAUGAUGGCUGGAACGUGGCCUGCUUCAUCAUCCUUUUGCUCUUCAUCCUCACCGUCCUCUCUCUGGCUGCCUUGGCCGUACUCUAUGAGCUACUGGACUGUGGCUGCUGUGCCAAAGGAAAGACACAUCACCAGCUCCAGGAGGAAGGGCCGGGAAGCUGCGGCAAGCUGAUGACCAGCAUGUGCAAGGAGCCAGAAUCUCACACUGAGGUGGUAUAGGAGCGGCCAAGAGUGGGAAUAAGGAAGAGUGGGAAUCUGGGUUUCAUUGCUGAACUGGGCGAUAUCACAGUGUUGACCCUGAUGCCCAACCAACAGAACUUCUAAAACUGCCUGAUAGUGGUUCAACUGCUCACAGUUGAGAGGAAGACGAGACGAGAUGUGGUUACAGAACACUGACAGAAGGAUGUGGGCAGUUCUUCACUGAUAUGGAGUCUAAUUAGCUUUUCAUUUAUGUUAGGAGGGAAUCUUCACAAUCUCCACAUCCAUUACCACUAAACACACAUGGCAGACCAUGAAAGCCAUAUUUCACACCAACAAAGACACUCUAGUAGUUUAGUCAUAGUACUGAUGGUGAGGAUGCUGUAGAAUGAAGGCAGGAUGUGAAACACUAGAGUCAACCUUUUGUUUGCUUUGUUUUCUUUUAUGGAGUGUGACGUUGCAUGGUCAACAACAACAUGUAAGCAUACAAAAAACACUAAUCACUAAUCAGACCAAAUAUCAGUUAGUUUAAAUAAAACACUUUAUGAUUUCCUAAAGUAAAAGUAUUCUUGUACAACCCUGAGUGUGCUGCACAUGCUUGUGAUCUGCUGGAUGAAGUGAGCUUCUAUGAGAUGUGGUGAAAUGUUGUGUACAGUCAGGAAAGGCUGUUCAAAUCUAAAGACCUGCAUAUUGAUCCUUGUUUCCCUUCAGGAACUGAUCACAAAUAAACUGACCGAGCCUGGUUGGACAUCAUCAUUGUUUUGGAUAAAGCCUGUGUUUCUCUGUUCUUCAGUAGAUUGUAUGCUAGUAUCGUUACCAUGUUUAGCAUUGCAACACUAUUUAAUGACAAGUGACACUUGUUUGUUGCACGGUAAUGUAAUUUACCACGUCAUCUAGAGCACAACGUAUGAUUUCAUAUGCCUUACCACAAAAUGCCUAAUAAAGUGUCAAUGAAUUAUGUACUGUGGUUUUUUUCUGCUGUAAGAGAAAUAAAGUGAAAAGCAGAAACAUGAAGUGUCUCAUGAUAGAGAAGCAGAGCUCAGCUUUAAAGAAGGCUUCAAACCCAGCCUUCAAAGUCUCAAAGUACUUACUGAGUGAUGAUUGUGUGUUGGCAUUGAGGUGUAAUUACUUUAGUUUCUCCAUCAGGUAAUGAAUCAGGUAAAAUGCAGUUUACCAAAAAGUUAGUUUCUGUUCAUGGUUCAUUCAUGGUAAUGUCCUCGCUGCCUUAUUAUCUUAUGACAUUAGAGAUUCAAUUAACUCAGAUAUUGUUUGGAAUAUUGGCAGGAAUCUAAUCUACACCAUCUCAUAAUUGAGGUAGUUCGCUGGCUCAACGUAAAUAUACAAAGAAAAAAAUCAGCAAAACAAUCUAUCUGACACUGGUAGAUUUCAGGUGACCUCAUUGGUUGUCUCUAAUUCUGCUGAUCACAGAAAAUUUAAAUAAAUAUAAAUUUUCUACAUAAAUAGACUAAAGCAUUUUCUCACUUUCUGAUGCAUCACUGAUACCAAAUCUCCACUGUACAGACAUCUGCCAUCGCAGUCUGAGGCUGCAACAACAAGGCACCACUGCUCAAAAUCUUACAUGUUGGUUUACUUUGUUUAGAUAUAAAACACACAAUGAAAAAUGUUUGUUUCAAGCUGAAUUUUGAUGAUUUAGAGAGGUAUGAAUGGGAGACACAUUCAGAUGUUGAGGAUUAGAGGAUGAAACAUAGUUUAACAAAAAUAACAUCAUAAAAGGUAGAAGCUGUUUGAGCUUUCUGCAAAAACUGGAACAACUUGGAUUUGGUAUUGUUUCAGCCAGUGUGAUGACAUUUAAAGCUGUAAACAUGUUGAAUGGUGUGAUGGGCGUAGUAGUGCAACGACAUCCUUCCAUACAACACAGGAGAACUCAUUCAGUGUAAUAGUACAACAUGUUAGAAUUGAUCUAUAGAG